AUGGAACCACUAGUUGAAAAUAUUAUGCUCAAUGAAAAAAACAAAAAACUAGUUCUAAUAGAUGAUUUUAAAUUUUAUUUUCAAAAAUUAUUAUGUAAGGAUAUUGAAAGGUGGGCUUUCAGUAAACGAUCGUGUAAGGCUUAUAUCAAAUUAAAUAGUGAACAUGAAGUUAUAUUCAGAAAUAUCGGUCAUAAUCAUAACAAAGAUGACAAAAAAAAAUUAAAUAGAAAACAGGUGUGUAAUAAUUUAAAACCUAAAGCUUUAGACGAUCCUUUUGAAAAACCUAGUAAAAUACUGCAUCGUGGACUAUUACAAAGAGAUAUUAGCACAUGGGCCUCAGAUGACACUAAACGUGUUCAAAACAAUUUACAUUACAUCUGA